CUAUCAGGCGGUGGCUGGCUGCACUGUGCAAGUCUCAAAUUCAUAUACGCUUCCGCCCUGAGGCGAGGAGCCACCACACCUCCUACUGAGACUUUAUAAAUUAACGCCACUAAGACUGCAAUUGCUAAAAUAAUCUGGCUGCAGCAAGAUGCAGUUUCAGGGCUCCUCUAUACUGGCCGCCUUCUGCCUUCUGUCCAUGUGGGCAUUGGCAGCAUGCUUCAGUGAAACUAUCAUAGGCGGGAAGGAGGUGAAACCUCAUUCCAGGCCCUGGAUGGUGUCGAUCCAGGUGAACGGUCACCAUACCUGUGGGGGUGUUCUCAUCAAGGACAACUGGGUGCUGACAGCAGCUCACUGCAGGAGAAACUUCAAACGGUCCCUGAAGUUGGUAACAGCCCUGCUUGGAGCUCACUCCCUGACCAAGGAUAAGGACAAGGGCGUCCUGCGUGUGGGGAUCCACAAAUGCGUCAUCUUCCCCUCCUACAACCUGAAAACCAAAGCUGGUGACAUCAUGCUUAUGAAGCUUCAGCAGGAGGUGAACCCCAAAAGCAAGACGGUCAAGGCCAAAGCCCUCCCUGCAUCGGGUGAGGACGUCGCCCCCAGGACGCGCUGCACAGUGACGGGCUGGGGGGUGACCACUCCGAGUGGCAAGACCCCGUCCGACACUCUGCAGGAAGCAGAGGUCAGCAUCAUGCCAAGACUGCUGUGCGCCGAUCGCUACAACGGGUCCAAAGACGUCGUCAUCACUGAGGACAUGCUAUGUGCCAGGAACAGCACCACCGGAGCAGACUCUUGCACGGGAGAUUCCGGGGGUCCCCUCCUGUGCUGGGGAGACCUCGUGGGUGUGGUUGCAGGUGGGGGGCCUCCCUGCGGAAACCCCAAGAAGCCCGGCGUGUACACUCGACUUUCAAAAACCUACCUGUCUUGGAUCAGAUCCAUCAUCAACCUUCCUACGGAGAUGUUUAAGUCACUCUCUGCGCAGUCCUGUGUGUCUGCUUCGCCUUUCCCGAACUGAUGGCACAUUGUGGAAUCUCUCUAAAGCAAACUGUCAACCUGUAAACGCGAUAAAAGAGCUGAAGAGAGACGACUCUGGCUGCUAAUGAAAGGGUUGUGCACCAGGAGCGAGACCCUGAGCCUACAUACCGUCUGUAAGGAAAAACCCACUUCUCAUGCCUGCCUUUGUGUUCAUUCAUCAUGAGCCGUAUUC